AUGAUCGAAAAUUCGUCUCUCUCAAUGGCUUCGUACACUCCCAAGAACAUUCUCAUCACCGGCGCUGCUGGUUUCAUUGCAUCCCAUGUCGCCAACAGGCUCAUACGGAGCUACCCUGAUUACAAAAUUGUUGUGCUUGACAAGCUCGAUUACUGCUCCAACCUCAAGAACCUGAAUCCGUCGAAACAGUCUCCCAAUUUCAAGUUUGUGAAAGGUGACAUUGCAAGUGCUGAUCUUGUGAACCAUCUCCUCAUCACGGAAGGCAUCGACACCAUCAUGCACUUCGCUGCUCAGACGCACGUCGACAAUUCGUUCGGCAACAGUUUCGAGUUCACCAAGAACAACAUCUAUGGAACCCAUGUGCUUCUCGAGGCCUGUAAAGUCACUGGUCAGAUCAGGAGGUUCAUCCAUGUGAGCACCGAUGAAGUCUAUGGUGAAACCGAUGAGGAUGCUCUUCUCAAGAAGUUGGGAUGGUCAGAGAGGACCACGUGGGAAGAAGGUUUGAAGAAAACUAUGGACUGGUACACACAGAACCCGGAGUGGUGGGGUGAUGUCUCUGGAGCAUUGCUUCCUCAUCCAAGGAUGCUGAUGAUGCCUGGUGGGCGACACUUUGAUGGAUCCGAGGACAAUUCUUUGGCAGCUACUUUAUCCGAGAAACCGAGUCAGAGCCACAUGGUGGUUCCAAGCCCAAGGAGCAGCAGCACACCACAGAAGCCUUCUCUGAAGUUCUUGAUUUACGGGAAGACAGGAUGGAUCGGUGGUCUGCUUGGAAAGCUAUGUGAGAAGCAAGGGAUUGCUUACGAGUACGGGAAAGGAAGGUUGGAGGAUCGAUCGUCUCUCUUGCAGGAUAUUCAGAGUGUUAAGCCAACCCAUGUUUUCAAUUCCGCUGGUGUGACCGGGAGACCCAAUGUUGACUGGUGUGAGUCACACAAGACCGAGACUAUCCGUGCCAACGUUGCUGGAACCUUGACUCUAGCUGAUGUCUGCAGAGAGCAUGGCCUCCUGAUGAUGAAUUUCGCUACUGGCUGUAUAUUCGAAUAUGACGAGAAGCAUCCGGAAGGUUCGGGAAUUGGCUUCAAAGAGGAGGACACUCCCAACUUCACCGGCUCUUUCUACUCAAAAACCAAAGCCAUGGUCGAGGAGCUGCUAAAGGAGUUUGACAACGUAUGCACAUUGAGGGUAAGGAUGCCGAUUUCUUCAGAUCUAAGCAACCCGCGCAACUUCAUCACCAAGAUCUCAAGGUACAACAAAGUAGUGAACAUCCCAAACAGCAUGACGGUGUUGGACGAGCUUUUACCAAUCUCCAUCGAGAUGGCGAAGAGAAACUUGAAAGGAAUCUGGAACUUCACGAACCCAGGUGUGGUGAGUCACAACGAGAUCCUAGAGAUGUACAGAGACUACAUCAACCCUGAGUUCAAAUGGGCAAACUUUACACUAGAGGAGCAAGCUAAAGUCAUUGUGGCUCCAAGAAGCAACAACGAGAUGGAUGCUUCUAAGCUCAAGAAAGAGUUCCCUGAGCUACUCUCCAUCAAGGAGUCUUUGAUUAAGUAUGCAUUCGAGCCAAACAAGAAAACCUGA